AUGUACUGGUAUCCCGGGGGCACUGAGAGCGCUUCGAACACUUGCGUCGCUGAGGGGUGGGAGCCUCACAGCGAAUGGAUGUACGUGAAGCUGAAAGAUCCAGGAUAUCCAGAAUCAGGUCUAGUAUCAACCGGGAUCCAAGUCCCCUACAGCUGCAUCACCAACGUCUCAAGUAGCCACUCCUUCACAUACGUGGGGGUGGGGGUUACCAUCGAGGAAAGGCUAGGCAAAGAACCCGUCGCUACCAACAAGGCGCUGUCGGUAUCGACAGCGACCCACAGGGAUAAGGUGAAUGCAGCCAUCGACAAGCCUUACGCCCAGCUGUCGCUGCAGUUCCAGCAGGAGCCCAACUCGCUUGAGAUUAUGACGGAAAAUGACCCCUUCGACCUCGCGGAGAUGUUCGGCAACGUCGGCGGCUUCUGGGGACUAGAAGGCCUCCGAAUAGGUGAACUAGUGACCAGUGGGACACGAAAAGAUUGCAGCAGCAAUAUCCCGAAGACGAGGAAGCGAAGCCUCACUGGGAAACAAAAGGGAGACAGGGAUAUGUUGCCGACGUUUCCUCGCCAGCCGUGGCUCCAGUUCGUCCUGUGA